AUCCGCCCCCCGUCGAACGUCGCCCGUGCGCCCGUCCAGGCCGGCGAGCAGGCGGCGGGCCUGCCCUGUCCAGACCAACGAUACAGUCCGUCUCGGAAGCCCCUCAGUCCAGCAUCUCCUAGAGGCACGGCGGGUCAGUCCCUCUUCCUCCUUCUCCCCUCCCGACGAGCGCCGCCAGCACCAGGAGCCAUGAACGGUAUCGCUCAGCACGGCGUGGCGCCGCACACCAACGGCGUCAACGGCACCAAGCCGGAGGACAAGAUCGCCAUCCUGAAGGCGGCCGCGGCGCGCGAGGAGUCCGGGCUGUCCAAGAUCGAGCUGCCCGACGGCAACCCCUUCACGCUGUUCAACCAGUGGCACGCCGCCGCGCUCAAGUCCAACCUCGUGCUGCCCAACGCCCUGUGCCUCUCCACCGCCACCAAGGAGGGCCGCGUCAGCUCGCGCCAUGUCAUCCUCCGGCGCCUCGAGGAGGACGGCUUCAUCAUCAUGACGGACCGGCGCAGCAAGAAGUCUGCCGAGCUCGCUGAGAACCCAGUCGCCUGCAUGACCUUCCUGUGGUGCUACAGGAGGGAGGACGGCUUGACCGUCAACCAGCAGGUGCGGAUAGAGGGCGACGUGGUGGAGCUGGGAGAGGACCGGUACCUGGACCUGUACGAGCGGGAGCCGCUGUUCUGCAAAGUGCGCAGCCACCUCUGCCACCAGGGCGUGGAGGUGGACUGGGACGAGCUCAAGAGCAAGCACGACGACAUCCUGAAGAAGGUGGCCGAGGGCACCACGACCCUUCCCUGCCCCGAGCACUUCGUCGCCUACAAGCUGUUCCCCACCAUGAUCGAGUUCUACUACGCCCACGACUCCAACAUCGGCGACCGCAUCAUGUUCGUCAAGAAGGCGGGCGGGGCGUGGGAGAACACCAGGAUUGCAGCCUAGGCCGGGUCGACAAUGGGCGGGGCCGCCACUGGCUCCAGAGGCUGCAGAGUUUGCCAUACCGGGUUGAGGCUUCUUCAUGAAGCUCAGAGUGAUUCGACGUGCCAUAUCUAAAUGAGCGGGAGGGUUCGUGUAAGUCUAAAAUAACUAUCAACUGGUCAACGGAGAGCGGACGCCAGGAGUGAAGCAGAGUGCAGAGCCAGGAGCGCCACAUGCUCGGGACAUGACAGGAUAUGGUGACAACAUUCAUAAUUGCCAUAGGUGCGUAAGCAAAUCCGAGUUUCCUUUCAUGUGGCCUGGAGUAGUAACUCAUAAAACAUGUGUUUCACAAAGCUCCAACAUCCACGUCUCGCAUCCAUAGUUGUUCCGUGCGUAAUGCGUUUCAGCAAAACACAAAUUCCUAAAUUGAAAAUCAUAAGUUAUUUGGCCAUUUGCUCUGCUUACUGUUUGGCACGCUUAACUGUGAAAAUCGACGACACUGCCAAGUCUAUUAACACUUUUAGAAACUCUCCCUUAACUCCUAUAUAAUUAUUGUUGUAUGUAUAAAAAUGUUCACUAAUCUAACUCCUGAUUUAAUAAAUUACAUUGUAAGAUA